ACGUCACCCUGCAGGCCUGCCCCUCAUUGUCAGUCCCGGGGAGCCGGAGGAGGCGCCGGCAGCCGGGAGCAGAUCGCCGGAGCCCUCCGCGGGCGGGAGCGCGGGCCGGAGCCGCCGAGGCCAAGAGGCAACUGCCAUUGAAAGAUAGUGAGUGACCGUUUCUAGAACAGCAGGCAUCGGGGGAGCAGCCAGAAGCAUUGACGGAAAAGCUUAAAUUACCUAAAUGGUCAUAGGGGUUGGAAACUUGACAGUGAUCCCUGGUAAAAUUCUAAAACUGACUGAGCAAAAGAUAAGAACACAAGUGACCUGUCGAAGCCAGCCUUGUAUUCACGAAGAACUGAUAAUGGUCUCCAGCUGCCAAAGAAGGUUGUGGAUGCCAAGAGAAAGGUAACCAUUUCUCGUCCCCUCGAGUGGAAUUGGAUGCCUCAAGGAACCCACAUUGGCUGGCAGUAGACAUGGCUGAGUUUACAAACUACAAGGAUACUGCCUCCGGCCGCCACCUGCGGUUUAAGUUACAGAGUCUAAGCCGCCGCCUUGAUGAGUUGGAGGAAGCCACAAAAAACCUCCAGAAAGCAGAGGACGAGCUCCUGGAUCUCCAGGACAAGGUGAUUCAGGCGGAAGGCAGCAACUCUAGCAUGUUGGCGGAGAUCGAAGUGUUGCGCCAGCGAGUGCUGAGAAUUGAAGGCAAAGAUGAGGAAAUUAAGAGAGCAGAGGAUCUGUGCCAGCUGAUGAAGGAGAAACUUGAAGAGGAGGAAAACCUCACCCGAGAGCUGAAAUCUGAGAUUGAGCGGCUUCAGAAACGAAUGGCCGAGCUGGAGAAGCUAGAGGAGGCUUUUAGCAGGAGUAAGAAUGACUGUACCCAACUCUGUCUGAGCCUGAAUGAGGAGAGAAACCUGACGAAGAAAAUCUCCUCUGAGCUGGAAAUGCUCAGGGUCAAAGUGAAAGAACUGGAAUCUUCCGAGGACCGCCUAGAUAAAACCGAGCAGAGUUUAGUGUCUGAGUUAGAAAAGCUGAAAUCUUUAACUCUGAGCUUUGUAAGUGAGAGAAAAUACUUGAAUGAAAAGGAGAAAGAAAAUGAGAAAUUGAUAAAAGAGCUCACUCAAAAACUGGAGCAGAACAAAAAAAUGAACAGAGAUUACACAAGGAAUGCAUCUAAUCUUCUGGAAAGGAAUGACCUACGGAUUGAGGAUGGAAUCUCGUCCACACUGCCGUCCAAGGAAUCAAGAAGGAAGGGCACGCUGGACUAUCUAAAGCAGGUGGAGAAUGAAACAAGAAACAAAUCUGAAAAUGAAAAGAACCGAAAUCAGGAAGACAACAAAGUCAAAGACCUUAACCAAGAGAUUGAGAAACUUAAGACACAAAUCAAACAUUUUGAAUCUUUGGAAGAAGAGCUUAAGAAAAUGAGGGCCAAAAAUAAUGACCUUCAGGAUAAUUACCUGAGUGAACAAAAUAAAAACAAACUCUUAGCCAGUCAGCUGGAGGAGAUAAAACUACAAAUUAAGAAACAGAAGGAGUUGGAGAAUGGGGAGGUGGAAGUGGAAGAUGCUUUCCUGUCCAGCAAAGGCAGGCACGAGAGGACUAAGUUUAGAGGCCACGGGAAUGAGGCAUCUCUGUCCAAGCACACAUCUCGGGAACUGUCCCCUCAGCAUAAGCGGGAAAGGCACCGAAACAGGGAGUUGGCUCUCAAUAAUGAAAACUAUUCUCUGAGCAACAGGCAGGUUUCCUCUCCCAGUUUCACCAACAGGAGGGCGGCCAAAGCUUCCAACGCAGGGGCAGGUACAGAUAGUGGGACUCAGGAGACAAAGAGAACUGAAGAUCGAUUUGCAUCUAGCUCCCCUCAGAGCGAAGGGAAGAAGUCCAGGGAGCAGCCAUCGGUGCUUAGCCGCUACCCCCCAGCUGCUCAGGAGCACAAUAAGGUUUGGAAGGGUACUCCCAAGCCGGGGACUGAGAGUGGGGUGAAGGGAAGAGUAGAGAAGACAACGCGCACAUUUAGCGAUACCACCCAUGGAUCUGUUCCCAGCGACAUACUGGGCAGAGCUGACAAGGCUUCUGACACCUCCACUGAGGCCUUCUUUGGCAAGCGGGGUCAGGUGCCUAGCAGUGGAAGUCCGGUAACUCAGGCCACAGAUCCUGGCAGUUCUAAGGCCACCGGAGCUCUGGCCUCGUCUCAGAGAUCUUCAGAAGGGCUCUCUAAGGGCAGAAAGGCUGCCAAUGGCCCUGAGGCUGAUACCAGUUCCCCAAAUUCCAAGGCUUCGCUUUUAUCAAAGUAUCCUUAUGGCUCCAGAAGCCAAGAGAACAUCCUUCAGGGCUUUUCAACCCCAAGUAAGGAAGGAAUUGAUCAACCCGUAGCAGUUGUAAUGGAAGACAGCAGUCAGCAUGAGGCCCUGAGGUGUCGAGUCAUCAAAUCCAGUGGCAGAGAGAAGCCAGACUCAGAUGAUGACAUGGACAUGACGUCUCUUGUUACUGCCAAGUUGGUGAACACAACCAUCACCCCGGAGCCAGAGCCCAAACAGCCCACCUCUAGAGAAAAAAACAGAUCUCGAGGGGGCCUUAGAACCUCCCUGUUCGAGGAUGAUAAAGAUGUUGGACCAGAAAACGAACCUGUGAAAACUGUCAGAGCCUCCAGCAAUGCCAUGGAGUUCCCGGAGGCAAAUGGUGCUGGGCUAAAAAGCCAACGGCCCUUCAGCCCCAGAGAGGCCUUGCGGUCUAGAGCUGUCAUCAAACCUGUCAUCAUUGAUAAGGAUGUGAAAAAAAUUAUGGGAGGAUCUGGAACCGAGGCCACAUUGGAAAAACAGAAACUCACCUCCAAACCAGGGCCAAACAAAGUGACAAGCAGCAUUACUAUCUACCCCUCUGACAGCGGCAGCCCUAGAGCAGCUUCUGGCGAAGCCCCACGAGAGAGGCAUACGUCUACCAGCAACAUCCAGGUUGGGCCGCCGGAACUCACAUCAGUUAGCAACCACGUCAACUCCCCCUUUGAGCUCUCCAUUCACAAACAUGACAUCACCUUGCAGUUCACAGAAACUGAAAGAAUGGGAGAUGGACCCCUGAAGAAUAGGCCUGAAACGGUGGUCUCUCGGAGCAGCAUUAUCAUCAAGCCAUCGGAUGCUGUGGAGAGGAACAACCAUGCGACCCCCGCGGAGACAAUCAGGUGGAAAAGCCAUAGUGCCCCUUCCGAGGUGAGCUCUUCAGAUGCCAGGCAUGUUACUGUGCGGAAUGCCUGGAAGAGCAGGCGAGACUUGAACUCUUUAGACGACUCCCCAGCUCGAAUAGGUAAAACUGUGGACUCUACCACUGCCUACGCCCAGAGGUCUUCCACAGACUAUUCAGACCUUGAACAGACCAGGUCGUACCUUUCUGAGCAGGGCACUCGAAGGGUAGGCAAUUCAGGUGAUGCCUCCGAGCUUUCCUCCCGAAGGACCCAAAGUAGCCUGACCGUGUCAGAGGUGCUCACUCGUCGGAAUCGGGUAGGAAAUGCUGUCUCAGCUGCAGCCUGGAACCACUCGGCAGGCAUGGAGGAAGGCGAUGACUGCACACUCAGUGUCUCCAGGCGACUGCACAACUCCUUGGAACGGUCUGAACUGCCCGUGAAGCAGGGGCUGUCAGAGCCUGGGCGAGUACGGGCUGAGGAACGGUUACGGCCAACGAAGCCCUGUGCUGAGGAAAACUGAGCCAGCUGGGUGAGGUCUUGUUUCCUCUGCUCCUGCUUCUCAGCUCUCCCACCAUCCCGCCCUGUGAAGGAUCCAAGGCCAGUUAACCAGGCUUUGGCUGGGAGACUGUGGCAGAAAACCAGGCUGUGGCUCAGAUCAUUUUUGCCAGUUGGCCAGAAGGGAUCAGAAAUUACAAGCUGGACAGAGUCACUCAGGCCCAGCCUCCCCUGAUUGAUGCAUGAGUCCUCUAUCUUUGUCCCUGUCCCCCAGGUAGGAUGGGCAACUCUGGCCCCCAAAUGGGGAAUGAUACCCCUUAUAUCCCCACCACACAACAGCCCCUUCUGUGUGGUUAAUUUUCUUAUUUCUUAGUCUCCUCACCACAUCCAGUUCACUCCUUGUCUGCCCUCGAGGCCGGAGUACCUACACUAAGACUGACCAGCCUUCGGCUUCAUCUAGGGGGCUUCCAUUCCUUUUCUCUUUGGAGUUCCUCAGACUUAUACAGAAGAGGUCUGUGCUGCCUCUGAGGGAUUAUAGGACUACUCUUUAGGUUGAAUUUGAAGCUUCUCUGACACGGCCCCCUUGCUGACCACUAUUUUCUGGGGGCAGAGCACACGGGUACCCACCUAUUGGAAUGACACCAUCCCUCCCCCACCCCCAGCUCUCUGCUCACCUUCCUCCAAAGGCACCCGGAAGUAUAUAAGCCUCAUGCAUCUCCUUCCCUGGGCACCAAUAAUGCUGCUGGCAUUGCCUGCUCCUCUCCUGUGGCUGGAGACUUCUGGCUGACUUUGUUUCCACCUUUGGAAUAUUCUCAGACUAAACUGGGCCUGACCCAGCAUAUUCUGCCUUCUAGGAAGCGCCCAGCAAGUGGGAAAGUGGAUAGGAAGCAGCAGUUUCCCUUUAGUCACUCCACAAAGCAAUAGCUCCACGAAAGGCCUGGACUUUGUUCUUCUUCCUUCACCCCCAUGGAGGAGGUGUCGCACUUUACCGAGCUGAUGCAUUCCUACAAGAGUGGGCCAUGAUUCCUGCAAACCAACUAUCCUGAUGACUUCCUGGGAGGAAAGGUAACAUGCCCAUCAAGGGCCCCAGGGUUAUAUAAUUCAAAAUGUCGCAAACUUUUCAGGAAGCCACAUAAAUAAAAAUUGGUUAGUUUCCUUACAUCAUUCACAUGGGAAAUUAAGAACAACAGUACAUUCUUGACACUGCUUUUUUCUGUAGCAUUCUCUCAGUUCAAAGAAGGGAUCCCCUGUCAGAGGCUACCUUUAGGAAGGCACUGUGGAAAGCAUUAAACUGGGAGUUGGGAAA